AUAAUAGGUUCAAGGUACAAAGUUUGAUUUCAUAUGCAUAUCUCAGUUGUUAUCUUAUCUUUUUUAUUACUCACUUAAAAAUAACGGCAUUAUUUUGUGAACGUUUGGUUUAAGUGUGGGUGUGUGAUCCAAUAAUUUAAAAAAUGAGAGAAAUCGUAAACUUACAAGUAGGACAAUGCGGUAAUCAAAUUGGAUCCAAAUUUUGGGAAAUAAUUUCUCACGAACAUGGAAUCGACAGAUACGGAAAAUACGUGGGCCAAUAUGCGGAGCAAUUGGAAAAAAUCAAUGUAUAUUACACUGAAGGAUCUGAUGGAAACUUCGUACCUCGGUCGAUAUUAAUCGACUUAGAACCAGGUACAAUGGACGCGAUCCGAUCGGGAUAUUAUGGGAGUCUAUUCAAACCGGAUAAUUUUAUUUUCGGUGAUAGCGGUGCAGGUAACAAUUGGGCCAAGGGUCAUUAUACGGAAGGCGCCGAAUUAUUAGAGAACGUAUUAGACAUACUCAGAAAAGAAAGCGAGGCAUGCGAUUGUUUGCAAGGAUUUCAACUGACUCAUUCUUUAGGAGGAGGUACAGGGUCAGGAAUGGGUACGCUUCUACUAAGCAAAAUUAGAGAAGAGUAUCCCGAUAGGAUCUUGACAACAUUUAGUGUUUUUCCAUCUCCAAAAGUAUCGGAAGUAAUUGUAGAACCGUAUAAUGCUACUCUCUCAGUGCAGCAAUUAAUUGAAAACAGUGAUCAGACUCACUGUAUCGAUAACGAAGCAUUGUACGAUAUAUGCUUUCGGACUUUGAAAAUGAUAAGUCCAACCUAUGGAGAUUUAAAUCACUUAGUUUCGUUAACGAUGUCAGGAAUUACGACUUGUUUGCGGUUUCCCGGCCAGUUAAAUGCUGAUCUCAGAAAACUAGCUGUAAACAUGGUACCUUUUCCAAGAUUACAUUUCUUCGUACCAGGAUUUGCCCCAUUAACACCUAAGUCUAGUCUAAAGUAUCGAAACGUCAACGUGCUUGAUUUAACAAAGCAAAUGUUUGAUCCAAGCAGUAUGAUGUCGGCCUGUGAUCCACGCUUAGGGCGCUAUUUAACUGUUGCUGCAAUAUUUAGAGGACAAAUGUCAAUGAAGGAAGUCGACCAAUGCAUGUUGGAUAUUCAGAAACACAAUCCAAGCUACUUCGUUGAAUGGAUACCAAACAAUGUGAAGGUGGCGGUUUGUGAUAUUCCUCCUCCUGGCAUGAGCAUGUCCUCAACAUUUAUUGCCAAUACAACGGCCAUUCAAGAAAUAUUUAAACGUAUCAACGAACAAUUUUCGGUAAUGUUUCGGCGGAAAGCUUUCUUACAUUGGUAUACUGGAGAGGGAAUGGAUGAACUAGAGUUUACUGAAGCAGACUCAAAUAUGCAGGAUUUAAUAUCUGAAUAUCAAGAAUAUCAGGAUGCCGAGGUUGAUGACGAAUUUGUUGAAAAUGGAGAGGCAGAAGAACAAGCCAUCGAAGAUUAUUAAAAUGUAUGCAGCUUCGUCAAAUUAUUUAUUUAAUACAUAACUUAUAGUACUUAGCUUAAAAUAAAGAUUGUUUGACUACCUACAUA